GCAGAGCCACCAGUGGUAGAGCUUGCAAUUCAGAUCUGUGCAGUGAAACCAUCUUUUUUCUCACUCCUCUGGUGUUAAGUUCUGGAGCUUUCUUGGGACAGUACAGGGGAGAGGGGAAGCUAUUGUCUCAGUGGUUGGGGAAACUGGGCAGCUUGUGAUCUUAGCUUGACUUCAGUCCUCAGAGAACACGCUGUGCUCAGGGAUAGGUCUGUCCACCAACUGUGUCCUCCCACUUCAUGCUGGCCCUGUGUGCUUUCCUUGUUAACUGUGUAAUUCAUGUCUGUGAGGAAGGACUACUCCUGUUCUAGUAAAGGGAAAAGGGAAGAAAGCAAAUGCCAUGUUGCUAUUCAACCCUGCUAACCACAGGAGCCAGCAGCCUUGGAGGCUGUACUGGUCUGUGGUGUGACUGUAGCCGCUCAGGAUAUUCAGAAGGAGAAGUGUCUACUCUUUCUUUAUCCUGGUCCUGAUGUGAUAAAAUCUUGUCUGGGUUUUUGUCCAGUUUACUUUCUGUGGAGGGAUUGUUGCUGACUGCAUAGGCAUUAUGAAAUCUUGAGAGGAGUUACAGGUAGGAGCAAUUGGACUUUUUUUCACUAAUAGCCUAUUUGAGUAUGAAGGCAGAUGGAAAAGAAUAUCCUUGGUAAUGAGGAGUCAGAAGAGUAAGUGGCGAGAUGGGGCUCCAGUUAGUAUUCCUUGGGAAAUCACCUAACUGGACCCCAUUUUGCUACUUAAUUUCUUUUUUCUGUCCUUGAUACCCAGUCUUAAGCAACAAAAAAGGAGGCUGAUUUAAGAUGUAUGUGGAGAAGGGAGAGUAAGACUGGCAAGAGUCAGUGAGAUGGCGGGGAAUUCCAGGAUCAUAAGUAUAGUCUUUUCUUUAAAUUUCACUUGGCUAAAAAAAACCACACCCUUCCUCUCCACUGAAAGAAAUCUAGUUUUGCUUCCUCUCUCUGAAGCUUGUUUAUAAUGGAAUAAGGGCUUCUUCCAAGGUAGCCAGGUCUUUUGUCCCUGCUUAAUGAUUUUAGUGUCCUUAAGAUUCUAUUCUGUAGCUAAAAGAGAAUGAAAUUCCUGGAAGGAAGGGUUAGCAAAUACAUUUUUAGACAGUAGAGUCAUGUGAUUUUUUUUUUAAAUGUUUCUUAAGACAGCCUAUCAUAGUCUGUUCAAUACUUUUAGAAACCAGUGGUGGAGAUAUUGUGGGGAUUGGUGCCACUUUUAAGACUAAUUUGGAUUCUCCUUCAUGCCUGGUAGGCAAGAGUACUGUUUCUGCUUCUUCAAAGAGCUGCCAGACAUGAGGGGUAUUAUGCGUGCUUCCCACAGGACUGAGGAAUAACGAUGAACGGCCGGUUUGUGGGCGAUGCUGACCUUGAGAGGCAAAAAUUUUCAGAUUUGAAACUCAACGGACCCCAGGACCACAGUCACCUUUUGUACAGCACCAUCCCCAGGAUGCAAGAACCAGGGCCAAUUGUGGAGACCUACACAGAAGAGGAUCCUGAGGGAGCAAUGUCUGUUGUUUCUGUGGAAACUUCUGAUGAUGGCACCACUCGCCGAACAGAGACCACAGUCAAGAAAGUAGUAAAGACCGUGACAACACGAACGGUACAGCCAGUCCCAAUGGGACCAGAUGGGCUUCCUGUAGAUGGCUCCUCAGUUUCUAACAAUUAUAUCCAAACCCUGGGCCGUGAUUUCCGCAAGAAUGGCAAUGGGGGGCCUGGCCCUUAUGUGGGACAGGCAGGCACUGCCACUCUCCCCAGGAACUUCCAUUAUCCACCAGAUGGCUAUAGCCGUCACUAUGAGGAUGGCUACCCCAGUGGCAGUGACAACUAUGGUAGCCUGUCCCGGGUGACACGUAUUGAGGAGCGGUACCGUCCCAGUAUGGAGGGAUAUCGGGCUCCAAGUCGGCAAGAUGUCUAUGGGCCUCAACCCCAAGUUCGAGUGGGUGGAAGUAGUGUGGAUCUACAUCGCUUCCAUCCAGAACCUUAUGGAUUGGAGGAUGACCAGCGUAGUAUGGGCUACGAUGAUCUGGACUAUGGUAUGAUGCCUGAUUAUGGUACUGCCCGCCGCACUGGGACACCAUCUGACCCCCGCCGACGUCUCAGGAGCUAUGAAGAUAUAAUUGGUGAGGAAGUACCCCCAGACCAAUACUACUGGGCUCCCCUGGCUCAGCAUGAAAGGGGAAGUUUAGCGAGUCUGGACAGCCUGAGAAAGGGAGGUCCUCCACCCCCCAACUGGAGGCAGCCAGAAUUGCCAGAGGUGAUUGCCAUGCUGGGCUUCCGCCUGGAUGCUGUCAAGUCCAAUGCAGCCGCCUAUUUGCAGCACCUGUGUUAUCGUAACGAUAAAGUGAAGACCGAUGUGCGGAAACUUAAGGGUAUCCCAGUGUUGGUGGGUCUGUUGGACCACCCCAAAAAGGAGGUACAUCAUGGGGCCUGUGGGGCUCUCAAGAAUAUCUCCUUUGGUCGUGACCAGGACAAUAAGAUUGCCAUAAAGAAUUGUGAUGGUGUUCCUGCCCUUGUUCGUCUUCUGCGAAAGGCCCGUGACAUGGACCUUACAGAAGUCAUCACAGGGACACUUUGGAACCUCUCAUCUCAUGAUUCUAUCAAGAUGGAGAUUGUGGACCAUGCACUGCAUGCUUUGACAGAUGAAGUGAUCAUCCCACAUUCUGGCUGGGAGAGGGAACCCAAUGAAGAUUGUAAGCCUCGCCAUAUUGAAUGGGAGUCAGUGCUCACCAACACAGCUGGCUGCCUCAGGAACGUCAGUUCAGAACGCAGUGAAGCCCGUCGAAAACUUCGGGAGUGCGAUGGGUUGGUGGAUGCCCUGAUCUUCAUUGUUCAGGCAGAGAUUGGGCAGAAGGACUCAGACAGCAAGCUGGUGGAGAACUGUGUCUGCCUUCUACGGAACCUGUCAUACCAAGUCCAUCGAGAGAUCCCACAGGCAGAGCGAUACCAGGAAGCUCCUCCUAACAUUGCCAACAACACAGGGCCUCAUGCUGCCAGCUGCUUUGGGUCUAAGAAGGGCAAAGAUGAGUGGUUCUCCAGAGGGAAAAAACCCAUGGAGGAUCCAACUACUGACACAGUAGAUUUUCCCAAAAGAACCAGUCCUGCUCGAGGCUAUGAGCUUCUAUUUCAGCCUGAGGUAGUCCGUAUAUAUAUUUCUCUUCUUAAGGAGAGCAGGACCCCUGCCAUUUUGGAGGCCUCAGCUGGAGCCAUCCAGAAUUUGUGUGCUGGCCGCUGGACGUAUGGCCGAUAUAUCCGUUCAGCACUGCGCCAAGAGAAGGCACUCUCUGCCAUAGCUGAUCUUUUGACCAAUGAGCAUGAACGAGUGGUGAAAGCUGCUUCUGGAGCUCUACGGAAUCUGGCUGUGGAUGCACGAAAUAAGGAACUAAUUGGGAAGCAUGCUAUCCCCAACCUUGUAAAGAACCUGCCAAGUGGUCAGCAGGGCUCUUCCCGCAACUUUUCAGAGGAUACCGUGGUGUCAGUUUUGAAUACUAUCAAUGAAGUUAUUGCAGAGAACUUGGAGGCUGCCAAGAAACUCCGAGAGACACAGGGCAUUGAGAAGCUAGUGCUGAUCAACAAGUCGGGUAAUCGAUCAGAGAAGGAGGUUCGGGCAGCAGCACUUGUCUUACAGACCGUCUGGGGGUACAAGGAACUUCGGAAGCCGCUGGAGAAGGAAGGAUGGAAAAAAUCAGACUUUCAGGUCAAUCUAAAUAAUGCUUCUCGGAGCCAAAGCAGCCAGCCUUAUGAUGAUAGCACCCUCCCUCUUAUUGACAGGAACCAAAAAUCAGAUAAAAAAUCUGACCGGGAGGAAAUUCAGAUGAGCAGCAUGGGUCCAAAUACCAAAUCAUCAGAUAAUUAUGCCACAUUGAAUGAGAGGGGAGACCACAGUAGGACACUGGACCGAUCUGGGGACCUGGGUGAAAUGGAACCAUUAAAAGGAACACCCUUAAUGCAGGAGGAAGGGCAGGAAUCACUGGAGGAAGAGUUGGAUGUUUUGGUUUUGGAUGAUGAGGGGGACCAGUUGUCUUAUCCCCCCAUGCAGAAGAUUUAGCACCACUGUUUCAAGCUUCAUCUGGGUUUAUAAUAUAUGUACUUUUAUUUUUUGGUGGUGAAAUGGACUGAUGAUUCUACCCCCUCCCUCGCUGGACUGUUGUGCCAACUGCCAGGCUGCCUCCUGCCCUGUUAGCCCUAUAUGGACUGCCUUCCUUUCCUCAACCCCAGCUUCUUUCAAUGAUGCCUGCCCUUCCCUCCCUGACCCUGGUUUCUCCUAAGGAGUCUGACUCAGUCACUUGCAUAGGAUGCCUCAAUUUCUCCUGCCUUGGGAAACUGCUGCAGAUUAUUUCUUUUGCCAGCUCUCCCUAGAGCUGCUGGUCCUAUAUGGAGGUUGGGAGAAAGUUUGAGAUUCUUCAUCAAAAGCCAUGGGAAGAAUUAGAAGUUGAUUUCAGUGUAUAUGGUGUCUAUCAAAGCUUUCAUGUUUUGACUGACUCUUUUUUAAAUUUUUUUGGUGGGCAAGGAAAAUUUUUUUCAAUGGGCAACGAGUGAAUUCUUGUUUCUUUUCUCCUCCUAUUCCUAAUGGAUAUUUUGGUUUUGAAGCAAAGAAUGUUGGUAACAUUGGCACAUUCCAUUUGGGGAAAGAGGCAUCUCACCAAGGGAUCCUUCAGAGGAGACCUUUCUUCCUGCAUGUCCAGGGCUGGGAACCAUCUAAGGACUUUGGACUCUAACUCACUGUUAGUGAGUAGCUGCCACCCUUUGUUGAGUCUGUCUCUACCCUUCAUUCCUCAUCCUACCACAGAUGUUACGGCCAAAUCUGCUUCAGAAGUCUUAGGAAGGGGAAUCAGGCUGUGCUGUUAAGGGAAUGUUCUUGGGGGAAUGAGUUGGAAUAGUGUGGAAGGGGGAGAAAGAGGUCACUUAAAAAAAAGAAACAACAAUCAGCUCCCUCAUCUAUCAAGCAGGAAGGAAUGUACAUAAGGUGGUUGGUCUGAAGUUGAGGUGGGAAGCUUUAAAGCUUUUCUUUCUUUUCUUUUCUUUUUUUAGCCCUUUAUCUUUCCCCUCUCCUUUUGCUUUACCCUGGGGUUGGUUGGCCAAGAGAAGGAUUUUUAUGUACAUAGCUCCUGCCCUUCCUCAUUCUGUGCAGGGGGGCUGCCCUGGCUUUGCCUCUCCCAUGUGCCUUUGGCCUGGGGUGGUCCCCUCCCCCCCACGUGCCUUUCUUUGCCGAAGCAGCCUCAUUUCCAAUGAUUUUGCAAAUUAGAUUUUGUUGCUUCCCCGUUGAAACUAAGGGGAGAUCAAGUGAUUGGCUCUUAGAGCCUAGAGGAACCCAAAUUAUCCUUUUGGUCUGGGGGAGGAUGACCCUUUAUUUCCGCCUUAACAUACAUACACCCAGCAGUGAAAGUUGGGAUUUCCGGCAAUAAUCUUAGUUGGAAAAAUCUUAAAAUGUUGGGGGGGAAGGGGAAAGUUUUGAGACAUGAUCCCCAAAUUUCAGCAUCAUCUCUGAAGGGUUUCUGGAAAGUCUGGCUUCUCUUCUACUCCUCUAGCUCAGUGCAUUUGAGCAUGGUAGUGAAAAGAGCAGCCAGCUGCUAUGUGGUUUCAGCUUUUUGUUUUUUAACCCUAUCCCUCCCUCAUUAAAAUUCAAAGCACAUUCAGUGCAACUGGAAGACCUCCCCAAGUGUUGAUUGUUGAGCUGGGGUAGAAAGUACCCAGCUGCCUUGCCCUAAAGCUUGGGUGCUCACUAUUUCCUUCCCACCCCUUGCUGGUAGAGGGGAGCCUUUUGCUCUCUCGGUGACCCCAGGAGCGCACACACUGCACAGAGGGGAGUGGGUCCUAGCUUGAACUGGGUCUCCUUGUGGUCCCCCUCUCCCUCCUCCACCUUUGUCUUUUUUCUUCUGGUGCUCUUUUGUUUUCUCGGUGGGGUUGUGGGUAUCAGUACAGAUAUGGGCUUUGGGGACCUUUUAAAAUUUUUUGUGUGACUAUAAAACACUAAACACUCAAUUCCAGAAGAACCAAAAAUCCCACCUCCCCACCGAACACUACCAUGGGACACGUCUUCUGCUCCGUGCCCUUUUCUCUUUCUUGUUAACGCUUUUAAAAACAAAUGAGUUUUUUAUAUAAAUAAAAUUUUUAAAGUGUGUA